CUGUGACGUGUUAGCUAUAAAUGACUCCAUUCAUGCACAACCCAAACAUUGUGUAGUGUGACUAAGAUAGAACAAGACGUGUAGCUCCACUUCUAUAUUUACGAAUAGGAGAGUGGAGAGGGAUCUGUAUGUAGUGGUGAGGAACUCAUGGUAUACUAUAGCGUAGUGCUAGUAUAGUGGGUUCACGUGCCUCUGUAGUAGCCUCUUGGCCAGGUGUUGUGUUUGGAGGAUUUUACUAUACAUUGUAGACUAUGCCUGAGUGUGGUGAUAUAGAUGUUUUAACCCCAACCUCCCUCAUGACCAACACCAUAUUACAAGGAGGAAGACGAAGAUUACAAUUGUCUUUGGAUUUUUCAUCGAUAACGGAUUCUGAAGAUUUUCAUGUGCCGAAAAAGCUCUGUAAGUUGGAAUCAAUGAGUGUUUCAUUAACGGGACCCUUAAAAUUGAACUCUUUGGCCCCUACACCAGCCUCCUGGCGGACUAUACAGCCCCAGGAACUGGCUGCUAGACUCAACAAAGUUCACAAAUCGUGUCUUUUGUUGGACUGUAGAUCUUUUAUCUCUUACAACGUGACUCAUAUUCAGGGUGCUGUCAAUGUCAACUGUUGUGACAGAUUCAACAGAAAACGGCUUCAGCAGGGAAAAGUUACUCUGAUAGACCUUGUGAAUUCUAAAGAGGCCAAGGACCAAUUUAAACGUCGAGGGUCAAAGGAAGUGAUUCUUUACGACGAUGGAACCAAAGACCUGCAUCAACUUCCCACAGACAGUUCUCUGUAUCUCGUCGUCUCGUCCCUACUGAGAGAAGGCAAGGAGGUGCUGGUUCUCCAAGGAGGACUCCAAGCCUUCCGGUGCCAAUACACUGACCUUUGUCACAGUGGGGUUAAAAUCGUCGACUCUCGUCCACUCUAUUCUCCGACCACGGGAAUAAUCGAACCCCAGAUCGAGGCUGCCGAAGCGACCCAAAUAUUGCCUUUUCUAUAUCUAGGAAACGAACGUGAUGCGGCGAACUACAAGAAGUUAACCGACCUUGAUAUCACAUACGUGCUGAACACGACCUCGACCGUGCCCAAGCACUUCGAAGACCAAGGCAUUACUUACAAGCGCAUCCCGGCCUCGGAUAGUGGGGCACAGAAUCUCCAGCAGUACUUCGAGGAAGCUAUCCAAUUUAUAGAGGAAGCUCGUCAGAAAGAAGCACGUGUCCUCAUUCAUUGUCACGCGGGCGUCUCGCGCUCUGCCACCAUCACUAUUGCCUACCUACUCACUCGAUCAUCACUGAGCCUCAUGGAUGCAUACCGUUUUGUGAAAGGACGCCGAUCCAUCAUUUCUCCUAACUUCAACUUCAUGGGCCAGCUCAUGGAAUACGAACAGUCCCUCAACAGCGGGUCAUGCUCGCGGGUGCUAACUCCCAAAAUUGUGUAGCGUCCCCAUUUCUCAUCGUUUCAGUUGGCAUUUAUUAUCUUGUGGACUUACUUUAACAACGACUUUGAUAUGGACAAAUUAUGCAAUGAACAGAUGAGCGCACGAUGACGUCAUGUCAUACAAAUAUGGUGUAAAAUGAUCACAUGGACUUGCAAUGUGCAAAGAUUGCAUUCUGAUACGGAGGACCUCAGUUCCUGUUUCAAAAGGGAUAUAGACGUUUAUCUAAAUGCAUAAUUAUCUUAUCUUAUCUUAUUUUAUGAUAAGUUAAAUGAACAUUAAUAUUUUCCCCAAACUUACGUAAUGUCCAUGGAAGAAUAUUCUAUUGAAAUACCAAUUAGAGAUUAAGUGGUACCCGUUAUCAUCAAGUAACUAAAUACACUACUCUACAAUCUCAGGGCACCCCAAUGUCUGUGUUUUAUACUCGUUAUUUGUAUUACUGUGACAACGUGAAAUCCAAUUAUUUUAUUUAUCUACUAGACAUUACUUACUCCAGCAGGACCACAUGCAGAUAAAGAUGAGAAAUAUUGAUACAUGCAACAAAAAUACUCCAUUUGUAAAUUCUGGAAUAAUUUAUCAAUUUUCAAAAAAGACAAAUUACAACUUAUCGUAAUCAGUCCGUUUUUUGUCUAAAAAGUAAAUUUUAACUUGUGUCUACAUAAAUGACGGAACCAUUUGUCUAAAACACGUUUGUUUCGUGACGUGUAAUGUAAAAGGAAGUCAUUAACGCCGGCAUUCCUCGGUUAACUCAAGUGAUGACCAAUCUGUUUACAAACUACCUCUUGUCCAACUUAGUCAGCAAACCGGAAGUUAUGACUUGGUGCGCCUGCAUUUAAUAUAUGUCGGCAAAUGUUUACUUCCGGUCGGAAUCACCGAGCUGGCCUUUAUAACUAAUUAUUACUAACUAUGCAUCACGCCUGGAGACUGUCGCCGCGGCGGCCUAACUGGCGGGUCCCACAUUAAUAUUACACAUGUACAUAAUUAGUAUAUUUAUUGAAUCAUUCCUAAAUAUGUGUAUACAAAGCGAGAGCAAGAGGUGUGAGUUGUUUCUGAUGUUACUAGUCAUAAAGAUGUACGCGGUGCCGCGGCGCUGUUCCCACGGGUGUGUGGAAAUAAACUAGCUGUGUAUGUGACGUCAUCGUGUUUGUGGAACUCUAGAACUAUUUCAUGUCGGUGGAAAUAUGAUAUACUAGUGUAGAGAACUUUUGUCUUAUUAUGACUAAUUAAAACCAUCGUUUUUCCUUCAAAACUACUUUAAAAUUAAGUUUGAAAUCUUAAAAAAAACUAUUUAAUAAAUAUAUUUCACAACAAACACUUUGCUCUAAAUAACAUACAUUGUCGUAGGGCCUAAAAGCAAUACAACCAUAACACCAAAACCUGACGAGGGUUUGGAAAAUAUUUUGUGUCAAAUUAUUAAAAUAUUUAUAGUGUUUUCCUUCUAACCCAAUCUAAAAUUGUUGAAUUCUUUUAAAAUCACUCACCGUUUAACUGUAAUCGCAAAAUUUGACAUUUUGAAUUUUUUGUUUUCCUAUUAAAAAACCGGUUUAUUUGGAUGAUAAAUCCAUAUCAAUGUAACAGUAUUAUUAAAUGCAAUUUUUAAGAUUAAUACUUUCUAGACUAGACAAUUGGCAUUAGACAUAGGACUGCUGAACGUCAUAUAAUAGUAUUUUUUAUAUUUAUAGAUUUAUGUAAAAUAUUUUCUGAAUGUUAUUGAAUGUUUGAUGUACGUGAUUGGUGUAGUUUCUAAUCGUUCCGUCAGAGGGCGUGCUGUGUUUGAAUGUCGAGGUCAGUGAGAACUGACCAUUAUUUGUGUAUUGUGAGAACUUGACCGGACAUCCGACUCAAAACAAUAUAUUUCGUUUCCAUUGAAAAGACUAAAUAGAAAAUAAAAUAUGAAAAACAA